UUCUCGCGCUCCAGGCUUGAUUCCCUCAUCCAUUCAGGCAACUACACCAUGUGAGGCAGCGCCUCGAUCUCCUUCUCCGGCCGCGACUGCUAGCAUGCCUCCCAUGCUAUUCUCUCCCGACGCAAUGGCGGGUCGCAUCCCAGGUGAGUCCGGCGACUUGGAUCGCCCGAUUUCGCGAGUGGCAACUCCCGUCUGCUCCGAGGAUGGACCUUCCCAGGAAAACAACCAUGGCACCAUGCCUGCGGAGCUACCCAAGGUGUCCUUUGAGGAGUUGGCCGUUCGUUAUCGUCAAAACCAGCACAAACAAAUUAGUCGGAAGAGAUUGGAACACCGCCUCCAUGCCCUCAAGGUUUCAAUGGGUGUUUCGGCGCGCUUCGUCCGCGUCGGGUCGGUCGUCCAGCGAGGCUUGGUCGACCGGCUCAAACACGACGACAAGGCCAGUUUCAUUGCUCUUUAUCAUACCCUCGGUGACCUGCAGGAAUCAUGCGAUUCUGCUUUUCGGCGCCACUUUCACCGGCAGGAUCCGUUGGAAGAAUGGUCGCCCAUCCGUGAGUCCGCCGUGGACCCUUCUCCGGACUUUUUCCUUCAGUUGAGUCCCCAAUCUCGGACCGAUCUAUUGGAUAUCAUGCACCUGGUCCGUUCCGACCCUCAAUUUAUACUGGAAAGGCUAAGGUCCUUGACUCCGACCCAACUGGCCGCCUUGAUGUCAUCACCGGGCCCCUCUGGGGAGCCCGGUGAUAUGUCAUUCCCUACAACGUCCCGUUCCCGGACCCAUACAUCGUUUUCGAAGCGCUCCUCCGCUUCUGCCCUUCCUUUCAAAGAUCGAGCCUUGAAUUUCGAGCGAACGGAUGCCUUGUCUACUCUGCUGUUCAACGUUUAUGCGUCCCCAUUGGAUUCAGAUGCUCCUGAGGCACAGCUCCGUUUGGAUGUUUGGUCUUCCGUCUGCGCAAAACUCAUAGCCGAUGGCGGUAAUAAGUACGAUCCCCUUCUUGGCCACAUCCUGGGUUCCUGGGCCACAAGCAGUGAAUGGAAGGCGAAGCCCAAAUUUGAGCUCUAUCUCAUGGAUGUCCUACAAACGGGCUCAUUUCUCCUGGAGCCUGUAGAAGCCCCUCCCGGCAUGAGCUUUGGUGCGGAGCCUCCAGACCCCUUGAGGACAGAGGUGGCCGAGGAAUUCUUCGCUUCGGCAGUGGAUGACUUGUUCCAGCUUCUGGACGACCCAGAUGGAGGGUUUCCUCAUGCGGUGAUGCAACUAAGCAAUGCUAUCUUGCAGAAACUUGAACGCCAGGACAGUCGUGCCCGAUUUCUCGAGUUCUUGUUUGUUCAGUGGCUCUUUUCCAAGUUUCUCUAUGGUGCACUGACCUACCCUGAGGCCCAUGGUCUCUUGCUUGAUUUCCACAUUAGGAAUGACGCUCGAGAGAAACUUCUAGGACAAGUUGGAUUCCGUGCCUAUGCGCAAGUCUACGCUGUUCUUCAUUCAAUGAACCAUUAUUCUAUGCCUCGUCCCGCAGUCAGACGACACCUUGAGAACAUGCUCUGCCGGUUUAGCAACGCAAAUACUGAGAAGAGCACUGGCGUUAAAACCUUUUCAUGCACGAAGUCUACCACUGGACAGGAAUCACCGACUGCAUUCCUCAUGCUCUCUGCUACCGAUGUCCUCACCCUGCUGAAUGCUCUCUUCCCUAGGACGCUUGCUUCUACGUGCAGCUCUCCACUUUCAUCCUCGGGAAUGCCUUCAUCCCCUGUCGGUUCUCUGGCCGCUCGAUCGGAUCGCUCUAUAGCAUCCAUCAUUGAGCCGGGAUUUUUCAGGCCUACUACUGAUAGCAUCCCUAUUCGUGUGCCCCAGGACCGGAGUAUCUUUGCCACCGAAAUGGCUUUCUUAUCACUACCGGAGAAUUGCAUGAGCCGCAAUGCUGACAGGAUCCGUUUCGAACUGUCAGAUUUGAGUGAGCCCGACGGCCGCGCCACCUUGGAGCCACCCGCAGCUGAGGAAUGGACAAUUUUCUCCAUGACAAAAAACGGGGGACGCUUGACCUGGGGUCUUUUCCCUGAUGAUGGCCAAUCCAGCUUUCCAGAAAAUGCCUCGGUGGAUGAUGUCCAGUCCACCACCCUGGGAAUGGAAGAUAACUUUGAAGCUCUCCAAACGGCCAUCGUGAAGCUGAUUGAGGAUCACCCCGCUGAUGAUAGUGUGGAGUAUGGCUUAUUAGAUCUUCAUGACUCUCCCCAGGGAGCCAUCCCGUCUCUCAAACACAGGUUCGAUAUGGCUAUGAAGCAUUGCCACCAUGACUCCGAUUUCAUCGGUGCCCACUACUGGUGGAAUGCCGGCCGACAACUUCUUCGCAGCGUUGCGAACUCUCCAUCCCGGUUAGCGGACGAUUCUUGGAUUCUCGAACCGAUGCGCGCUUCUUGCGUCCGCUCGCUUGCCACCUCACGGGCGGUUAUUGAUCGAUGCGAAACCGACUUUGUUGCCCUCAACAGGCACAUGCAGCGGAUGCAGAGAGCAGUAAAGGAGACGAUGGCCACUGUGGCGAAGCUCCGAGACAAGAUGUGGUACAUAACUGACGUAAAGAACUCGAUGAGGUAUGAAGAUGCCAAAAAUGUUGCCCUGGCGCUGAAGACCAUGGCCCGUUCUGCGAACCCAACACCAAACGAAGGCCGGUCCCGCAGUAGUAUGAGACCGUUCGGCAGCUCUCUUCUCCAAAAACCGGAGCUACAAGUCAUGAAUAUCAUGAAGGCACCGAGCAGCCAGGGUCCCAACAAACUGUCGGAUGAACAGGUAGACCUGAUCCGCAAAUGGCUCUCCCACAACAACAUCGAUAAUUUCUGCAAAGGUGAGGAGCGAAUUCACCGGUUCUGCUAUGAGGUCAAGACAAGUAUCAAUCGGCUGGUUGGUGAAACCAUGGCCGAAACCCCGGUACUGUGGGCGAGCGAAUUGUACCACAAAGAGCGGGCAAUGUACGAGGGCUCCAGCAACCGGAAUUUCCUGAGCCUCUCCUCGAGUUUACGACCGUUCAACGUCUCAAGCGAAGACACCGCAUAUUCAUCUCAGGUCCAUGGAAACAAUAUCCGCCCACCAAACACCGCUUCCAAGUUCUCGCAGGACCUGCCCCCGCUGAACCCCAAAUCCUCUUUUCAAAGUCUGAUCUCUGAUAAGUGGAGAGGUCCUCGAGAACCCUCUAUUGCGGAUGUAUCCUCAAUCGGCGGCUCACCGGGAAGAGCUGCUUCCACUACUACGGGCGAUUCGUACAGCACAUUUUGGUCGACGCCACAUCAAUCCGCACAUUAUGCCCCCAGUGCCUCGAGCCUCUAUUCUCGACCGCCUUCAAUGUUUAGCGACAACGGUGCUCAGCCGCCACGUCGCAAUGAUCGCAAGGCACAUAGCAAAACGGCUUUCUUGGAUGACCUGAAACAGACCCUGACGAGCUUGCUUCUAAGUGACCUUGGCUCCCCGGUGUGGAGUUGUGGUAGCGAGACUGAUGCUUGGUUCGGAGGUAAGCUAACGGACAGGCGAAUUCAGAUACAGAUGAGGAAGCGAGCUCGCAUUCAGCAAUUCUACGCCGAGAGUGACGAGCGAUUAGUCCAACAUGCCCUCCAUCGUACACUAUCAAACCGUCGGCGAAGCAGAUCUCUGGAGUCAUCAGAUCGGACAACGCUUGAAGAUGCCGAAACCCCGUCCCCAUCUACCAACGGGAAUUCUGUGGAGCCAGAUGACACGCAGCGAUUCUCCUACGGCUCUGUCUUCCAGCGCCUGCUUGAUGUCUUUUCACGGCACGGGAACCCUUGCGUUAAGCUAAAGGCCCUGCGGGAUCUGCGGGCACUGGUCGUUGCAUCCUUGAACUCCGAUAAUGAUGAUAUGUGCAACUUCAAUGCAACUAGACCCCCUUGCCCGCGAGGUCGUACUCCGGGAUCCCAUGCCAAAAGAAGCGCCCGUCAUAGCUUUUCGGAGUCUCAGGCCAAACGGAGCCACGGCCAGAAUAUCUCCCAUACUCCAACAUCGCCUGCCGCUGAAUCUGUCAUCUUUGAUUCCCGACCUUCAGACUACGGGGCACCCACUGAGAACCAGAUUGUGGAUGCACUGCGUAGUCUCCUCCUCGAGGCGAGACCAAAGACCCUCUUCCGUGAUCUGCAGUUUAUCUCGGCAUUUGUUCCUGGGGAGACCCUGAACAAGUCCGACAGCGGGACUGCCUUCUUGCAGUUUGGCUUGGCAGCUUUGAGCCUGAAAGAUGAGGUCUGCAAUAGCAUGGUCGAGAUUGCCGAUCACAUUGUAUCUCAAGAGUUCAGCCGGCGCCAUCUGCCUGGGCCCGACCAAGCUCCCCGGCCAGGGCAUACUCUCUUAGAUGCUGCGAAAAUGUGGAUCAUCACGGCCAAGGAAGGCAAUCCCGUUGCCCAGCGGGAGCUGGCCAUUCUAUAUCUCACUCAUCCCGAACUUCUCCCGCCUGUGACGCUCCCACUCACUCUGAUGCGAGACACAUUCAAGGCGGAGAUGAUGUAUCGUCGCGAUAAGGACUCCAAGUCCGACCCGCAGAGCAUGUGUCUGGCACUGCACUGGAUGCAGUUGUCGGCCAACGGCGGCGACGAACUGGCACGAAACCGGCUUCGUGAGCGGGAGGAGUUCGAAUCCAUUGCAUAAUCUUCAGUCCUUUUUCACUUUUCCUUCUUAUUUUCUUUCGAUUCUUUCCAUUCCUUGCGAGCCCGUGCUUGUGAUCAUCCUUAAGACCUAUAUUCUUUUCGCAUCUCUUAUG